CUUCCCACAAUCCCCUUCCCGCGUCAUCGCUGGCCUCAUCAGCUGUUGAGCUAGCAAGCAGUGCAGCAGCGUCCUGCAGCUCCAAAGAUGUGGUUUUUAAUAUUGGUCGCCGUCGUCGGCUUGGCGACAUUGCUGGUGGUUUUAUUCGCGCCGCACAUACGAAGCUAUGCAGCAGGAGGAAGGUGCAAGUCCCUGGCUCGCCUGGACGGGAAGACGGUCCUCAUCACUGGGGCCAACACCGGCAUCGGCAAGGAGACGGCCCUGGACCUGGCAACCCGAGGAGCGCAGGUGAUCAUGGCGUGUCGGGACGUGGACAAAGGCGAGGAGGCGGCCGCCAGCAUCAGGCUCUCGUAUCCCGAAGCACGCCUGGAGGUGCGGGGGCUGGACCUGGCCGACACCUGCUCCAUACGAUCUUUCGCGCAGCAAUUCCUGACAGACUUCACGCAGCUUCACGUCCUGGUCAACAAUGCAGGAGUCAUGAUGUGUCCCUACACCAAAACCAACGACGGCUUCGAGAUGCACAUCGGCGUCAACCACUUGGGUCACUUCCUGUUGACCUCCCUCCUCAUCGGCCUGUUGAAGCGCAGCGCUCCAUCCAGGAUCGUGGUGGUGUCGUCCCUGGCGCACAACUUCGGCUGGAUCCGCCUCCACGACCUGCACAGCCAGGGCAGCUACAACAGCGGCCUGGCGUACUGCCAGAGCAAGCUGGCCAACGUGCUCUUUGCCCGGGAGCUUGCUCGCCGCCUGAAAGGCUGCAACGUGACCGUCAACUCCGUCCACCCCGGCACGGUGAACUCUGACCUGACCAGGCACUCCACCCUGAUGAUGAUCCUCUUCGGCUUCUUCUCCAUCUUUCUGAAGACGCCUCGUGAGGGCGCCCAGACCAGCGUCUACUGCGCCGUGGCCGAGGAGCUGCACGCCAUCUCUGGAAAACACUUCAGCGACUGCACCCCCGCCUUCGUGGCCCCCCAGGGGCGGAGCGAGGAGACCGCCAGGAGACUGUGGGACGCCAGCUGCGAGCUCCUCGGCAUCCAGUGGGACUGACGGGCCCAAGCUCCGCCCACCAUCCUUCUCUGACGGUGUAACCGCGCUCACAGUAUCAUCGCCUCUGACCUUUGACCUCAGAAAUGACACAGUCAGCAUAAAAAAUCCAACUCUGUCUCGGGGAGCAGGAAGCAGCAGCAUCGUUCUCUUAAUGUGAAUUUAACUGACAGUAUUUUGGUGCCAAGCAGAAGCAAAAAAAAAUUAUAUAUAUGAAGUUGUGAUGUAUUUUAGUUGAGGAUUGUUGACAUGCAGCGGCGGUCUAAACAGGGUCAAGAAGAACGGUGUUCAUCAUCUUUGCAUCCAAACUGCUUCACGUUUGUGCCGUGAUGCUUAUUUACAUCUCCAGGGCUUUUCUUACACCUCUUCAAGACCACAGCCAGCUAAGCCGAUACAUGUUAUUUUCUAAAGAAAAGCAAAGCAAUAUAUAUAUACAUAUAUAUAUAUAUGAAACGAUGAUUUUUCUAUAUAAAACACGCCAUCGCCAUGUUUCCUGGUCAGCGUCGGUGCAACACGUGCAAAGAGUUUACAUUUGCUUUUGUACAAGUGGGACUUAAUUGCCUUUUUACAAAAACCUGAUGUUCAUGUGCAGAGUUGAAUGUUUACAUUUCACGGAAAUAAACAAAUAAUCUGCCUUUGUCCAUGCUUGAAAAAGGAAACAAG